UCACUGAGUACUUCUGAUGAAGGUCAUGGUCUUAAAUUAUCUCAAGAUGACUACAGCAAAGAGAGGAGGAAAGUUUGCUGCUUGGAAGAACUGGAAACCUCUUUUACAUACGUUGAUGAAAAUGUCAACAUAGAACUUGUCGCCCAUCCAACUCUUAGGGACGACCAUGGCCACCAGCACCAGGUCUCAGAUAGGGAAAUCCAACAAGAUGGCAUUAAUGAAGCUUCCAUUAUGUCUGAUGAUGAAGCAACUUCAGAAGCUUCAGGAAAAUCUGUAGAUUAUGGCUUCAUUAGUGCUGUGACGUUCCUAAUAACUGGGAUUCUUCUUGUUAUCAUCUCAUACCUGGUCCCCAGAGAUAACAGAUCUGAUCCAAAUUCCAUCCCAGCAAGGGAAAUGGAAAAAAUUGAAAAGAAAAAUGCUAUAAUUGGAGCUCAUUUGGAUAGGUGUGUAAUUGCUGGACUUUGUCUGUUAACUCUAGGUGGAGUUGUGUUGUCGAUUUUAUUGAUGAUAUCAAUGUGGAAAGGUGAACUCUACAGGAGGAAAGCAUUUGCUGCUAAAGACUCUGCAAAACUGUAUGGAUCCAUUAAUUUUAACCAUUCCAAGUCUGGUGGAACUGAGAAUACCUUGGUCCAGGAGGAAACAAUUGACAUAGUUGCCUAA